AUGCUUCCCAUACUGCAAAAGUACUUCUCACUCACUUUCCUGAAAGAGGGUCUUGCAGAACAAAUUGCUGUCGAUAAAAGUCAUUCAGCCCACAGGAUUAACCCCGGUCCGGUUGAUUCUGCUCUUCUCAAGGACUGCGUGGCGCAGGUUCUGGUGGCCAGCAACAAACGCUUCAUCAAAAUUGUGCAUUGCUACCUGCUUGAAGCUGGCAAGGAGAAACAAGCUGAAGAGUACCUGCAAAAGGUGAGCCUGCAUCUCGGGUCCAACACUUGGACUGUGGAAUUACCUUACUCUGCCAUUCCAGGUGUUCAAGGUAAUGGAAGAUAUGGGAUUAGGCACAAAUCCUUCCAGUUUUCUUCAUGCCUCCAGCACCACCCGACGUUUUUCCCACUCCGGCACCUGACUGGAGGCCUGGCCAGGCUAUGGCCGACGGAUGAGGCUGGCAUGUUUCCUGAGACCGAGGGCAGCCCUUCAACAGCCGUGGAGCCUACCCUAUCGACUAGUUUCUUCACGUUGGUGAGGUUACGACCGUCUAUGAUGGAUGGCUGCGGCUGA